GUGACGCAUGCCCGCCCAACCAAUCAAUAUGCGAAAAUCUAGGUCAGUUCAAAAAUUGAAGCAGGAAUGGAGAUAAUUUCCUUUAUGUUUAUUUUUAUCGCACUGUGAAUUGUAGAGAAGUACGAAACCCCAGUGUUUGAAUGAAUUUGUUCCAUUCGUUAUGGGAUUCGUUAUUAUUAUGUUAAGCAAAAUGUCAAAGUAUCAAAAUUCGAAGUGAAAAAGAAAACAAUGUCCGAAAAAUCGAAAUGUAGCGUUAAUUCUGACGGUAGUGUGAGUUUGGGUGAUAUAUUACAUUCAUUUAACUCUUGCAUAAAAGAAGAACAUGCAUGGGCCCUAUGCUAUCAGCUUUCCAAAUAUUUUUUCGAAUCUCUAUCCACGAAAAAACAUCACAUUCAUAAAAUAACUGAAGUACAACAUGUUUUUCUAAAAACCGAUGGAUCUGUUCACGAAAAUACUAGUCUAGCAAGGGAUAAGCCUAGGGAAUUAAUAAGAAAUGAAAAAGUUAUAGUAGCUGGCAUUGGAGUUGUAAUUUAUGCUACUUUAGAUCAUGAAUUUAGCGAGGGUGAAGAGGUGAUAAUCAGCAAUGAAUUAGAAGACCUCAUAAGCGAUAUGAUAUCGGAUGAUUUAAACAGUACACACAGUCAUCAUGAAACAGAUGAUGAAGGCAUUGAAAGAGAUUCAGAGGAGUCUUUUGAAGCUGGCCCAUCAAAAUCAACCCGUAUAAAUCUAGCUGAAGUUAUUAGAAGAUGUGAGACUCAUUUAGGUACCCUAACGAAAGCGCAAGUUGAAGCUCACUAUAAAGCAGUAGUGAGGGCUCUGGUGGCUGAAGCUAUAGAGCUCUCGACGUUUUUGGAUAAAGUUGCUCAGGGCACCAUUAGUUUACCCUCGUGUUCCACUGCCGGCAACUUGGACGAGUUGAAAUUUGUUGAUUGGGCUAAAUUCUGGGUUCAGGUUAUGGGUGAAUUAAGAACAGUCUUUGUUCUAGGUGUCAAAUUGAAGAAAGUGAAUUACAGCAAGGCGCCUAUCGAAUAUGAAUUAACGCCUUAUGAAAUAUUGAUGAAAGACAUAAGAAAUUGCAGGUACAAUUUGAGAAAAAUCAUGGUGAAUGGCGAUAUACCAAAUCGGGUAUCAAAGGAUGCACAUGCAAUUAUUUUGGAUUUUAUAAGAUCAAGACCUCCUUUAAAAAAAGUUUCUGAUCGAAAAUUACCUCCUCAAUCCAAAACUCUCACACCCAGAGAGCAACUUUUGCUCUCCAUCAAAAAGGGAAGAAAACUCAAACCUGUGCCCGUGCCAAGGGCUUGCCAUCGAUAUAAUAGUGUAGAUAAGGAGCUUCCAAAACCUUCAGGUAGAAAAUUAAUUAAAGUCGAUUUUUCUCAAUUUGAAGAUGACGAUGACGAACUCACAGUAGACACUCCAGACUCAAGUGAACCAGGAUUAUGGUCAUCCGAAUAUCAAGAAAUCUGCGAUAGUACAUUAGAUGUGUAUGAUUUAGCUACCCAAGCGUGUAACUUAAACAAAAGAAGAAGUACCUUAGGUGUUACUGAAACAGCUUUAGGCUGUUAUUCUGUACCACAAUCGCGGCCAGGAUCACGACAAUCAUGUAACAGCACGGAAUCCGAAUCAAUGCCAAUGGAGCCCGAGGUCGCUAGAGCUUUGCAAGAAGAACUCACCAACACUCAAAGCUGGCAAGACUCUAUUUCCUUAGACGAUAGGCUUUCACUCACCUUGUCAGAGAUAGUUCACAUUAGAACGGUGCUUACUAAAGCCGAAGUUGAAGCUUUGCCGACAGAAGGUCGCGUCAGACACGACGUGGAAAGUAGGAAAGUUUGUUUUCUUUGUUUAAAAACGAGAUUUGGCAUUUUUGGACCCUGGGGUCAGCGAUGCACGCUUUGCAAACGCACUGUCUGUACAAAAUGCUAUUCGAAAGUAAAUAUUCCUAUGGAACAUUUCAGUAGCGUUCCUGUUGUAUUACUAAGUCCCAGCAGAAUGUGUACUCCGGAGGAAGAAACAAAGGAAACGCUAACAAGAUCUUUAAUAAACAAAAUGAGCUCAAACCCAUCUUCUGGAGGUCUGUCAAAAGACAAUAGUCCAGACGUUAGCAAAUCACCCAGCGCAUCUAUUAUGGAAAGUAGCGUUAUUAGUGAUCCAGGUUCUGUUCAGAGUGCUACAAACGUGUCAAAAUUUCGCACAACUGCCUCAACAGUGGGAAGAGCUUCAAGAGUUGUUGAUCGCCUAAAGGGUACGCAAAUGAUCAUGUGUCUCGAUUGCAAAAUCAUGGUUUUACAAAUCAUAAAGUCAGCAAGGGUGAAUCGGUCGGCAAUCAGAAAUAAAACGCUACAAACCUUAACUCUCAACCUGUCACCUGUGUUUUAAUAAAUGUGAUAAGAUUUUUUUGAUUUGAGGCACUAAAUAAUCGGUACCACAUGUAAAAUUUCAGUCGGCACCUAAAAAAAAUUAAUAUUAAAUGGCGACUAUGAAUAUGAUACAAUUUAUUAUGUUUAUUACUUUAGAACAUUUAAAGUUAAACAUCUAUUUUAGCAGUAUUAAAUAAAAAAUAACAAAUUAUAAUUAUGUUAAGAUACAACUAAUACAAAAUCAUUUUAAAGGCCACUAAAGUAAUAUGUACCUCAUAAUGAUUUAGAAAAUAAGGUAUGGUUUAGAUAUAUCUAUUUGUAGUCACCUAUAUGAUAUGUUUAGAGUAAGAGAACCUACUGUUAUUCUAUAAAAGUAAUACCAAAGAUUUAUUUUUUAAUGAUAGGUACAUAUCUUUUUCAUAUUAGUCAAUUUCUGCUCUAGAUCGAUACUAUCGAAACUAUAUUAUUUUGUCUCAUCCUUCUAGAUAUUUUCCAAACCAAAGACUUUCAUUUUGUGAUAUUUUACAUAAAAAAAUUAGAAUAAUGUAGCAAAUUUUAUUAAAUUGGCAUUGAGCUUCAGUAAUAUUAAAAUAUAUUCUGCCUAUGGUAGUAAUAUCACAGUAUAACUGGUACUGUGUUGGUAUAUUGCCAUUUUUUGCACUUUCUUAAACAUAUCCUGCAGUCAAAAUCUUUUUUUGUCAUUUGAUAUACAGGGUGUUUUAAAAAACAUGUGCCAUUUCUCGUUUGGUUUGGUUUGACAUUCAAAUUGCUAAAAGCACUUGGAAGCAAAUUAUAAUAAAUCGAGAAAAAAAUGAAGACUUAUCCCUCCUAUAGCUACAAAACCAAGCAGAAUCGGACCCAUGUUGGUAUGAAAAAUAAAUCUUAUUUUUACGUGAGGAAUCUCCCCACGAAAGAUAGCACAUGUUCUUUGACACACCCUGUAUUGAAGAAAUUCAUUGAAGUUAAAAGGUUUCUUGAACAAAUUGAUAACUAAAAAAUCCCAUUUAUUUCUAACUUUAUGGCAUAUACUGUAUAUUACGAUAAAUUUAAUAGGCAUUCAGCUUCUGUAAUUUAUAUAAGUUCUACUCAAUAAUAUUACAGUAUAAGUUAUACUGUGACAUUACAUUGCCAGUAUUUUAUUAGUAUUAUGCACUUUCUUGCUAAAAAUUCAACUCUCCUCUGUGUUAUAAAAAGUAUUGCAGAAUUUUGUUGAAAAAAAUGUACUUGUAAGUUUACUAGUCAGAAGAAACUGUGUUUCAAUAUUUAUUCUUUUAUUUCUCGUCUUGUAGUUUUAUUUUCUGACCUUUUAAAUGUCUUAUUUUUAAUUAUUAAUGACGCGUUAGUCGAUUUCAGUUUAUCUUCAUAUUUAUUGUAUCUCUUUCAUUUGACCUUCGGUAAAUAAAUAGCUUAAGACAAUACGAAUGUUAUUUUAAUCUAAAAAAAUUAGCAGAAACUAUAUUCAUUUUAUUCAACUAAAGUGCAUUAAAUCAAAGAAUUUACAAUGGUAAUCUAGCAACUCGAUACUACAUUCCCUAAAACUUGAAAAUGAGUAGUGAUAGUAUUUUCUCAACUCUACCUGUUGCAAUCUAGCAUUUGUUUUAAUAAAUAUAGUUUAAAAUAGAUUAUAUAAACUGAAUAUAGAUCAUUUUAUUUUCAUAACUGUAAUUUUAUUAUAUAUUUCUUCCAAAAUAUAAAUGUUUAAGAAAUAAAUAAUAUGCUGUGUUGCACGUUUGUUUUAUUUUUAUUGUAUUUAUUGUAUGCUACACUGUACCCUAAUAAUAUAACCGACAAAAAAACAGUGUCAGUGAUCUUUAGGUCAUUUAUUACAAGACAACAUAAAAACUUAAUUCUUAAUCCCAAUAAUUUGUUUGGUAAAAAAUAUAAUUUGGAGAAUAGACUGAAAGGGAAUCUGAAUCUUUCUCUUUAAUUUGUUAAUUAUUGUUAUUCCUGUUUGUAACAAAAACAAAUAUUGCUGUAGGAAGUCCUUGUAUUUUUUUUUUCAAAAGUUGUAGUAUAAAUGUUAUUACAAUUUGUAACAUGGACCAAAUAAGAAAAAUAAGCUCUUAAAAAAAUAUUUAUAACAUGUUAAAAAACAAUAAGAGUAUAUCGAUAUAAA